CCCCCCCAAUGAAUGGUAUUGAAGGAAACCCUUAGAGCUCUCUCCUUUCUUGGACGAACAAAAUGUCAAGAUUAUCAAGAACUCUGCUUUGUCUUGUGCUAGCAAUCAUACUACUAUCAGGGUCAUUUCCAGUGGGAGAAUCAGCAAUAGGCGUCAACUGGGGGACAAUCUCAUUUCACAGGUUGAAGCCUUCAACUGUGGUGGAUCUGUUGAAAGACAACAAGAUAAAGAGAGUGAAGUUGUUCGAUGCAGACCCAGGUUCGCUUACUGCUUUAAUGGGGAGUGGGAUUGAAGUCAUGGUUGGGAUUCCUAAUGAGAUGUUGGCUGCUCUUAGCUCUUCAACUGAUGCUUCUGAUUUGUGGGUUAGGCAAAAUGUGUCUAGAUAUGUUGUUAAAGGUGGUGCUGAUAUAAGGUAUGUUGCUGUAGGAAAUGAACCAUUCCUCACAAGUUAUUCAGGUCAAUUUCAAUCUUUUGUUGUCCCUGCUCUGCUCAAUCUACAACAGUCUCUGGUGAAAGCAAAUCUAGCUGGUUAUGUAAAGCUAGUAGUUCCUUGCAAUGCUGAUGCUUAUGAGUCUUCUCUUCCUUCUCAAGGGGCAUUCCGACCUGAACUAACUCAGAUUAUGACUCAACUUGUGUCCUUCCUCAACUCAAACGGCUCACCUUUUGUUGUGAAUAUCUACCCGUUUCUUAGCCUUUAUGGGAACUCAGAUUUUCCACAAGACUAUGCAUUCUUUGAGGGGAGUACCCAUCCUGUUACAGAUGGGUCUAAUGUCUACAACAAUGCUUUUGACGGGAAUUUCGACACUUUAGUUGCAGCGCUCAACAAACUUGGAUAUGGUCAAAUGCCCAUUGUUAUUGGCGAGGUGGGUUGGCCAACUGAUGGAGCCAUUGGCGCAAACCUCACUGCAGCAAGGGUUUUCAACCAGGGACUUAUAAAACAUGUAUUGAGUAACAAAGGAACCCCUCUGAGACCAGGUGCCCCUCCCAUGGAUAUUUAUCUUUUCGCUCUGCUUGAUGAAGGAGCAAAGAGUGUACUCCCAGGAAACUUUGAAAGACACUGGGGGAUUUUCUCGUUUGAUGGCCAGGCUAAAUAUGCACUGAACCUUGGUUUGGGUAACAAGUUACUGAAGAAUGCAAAGAAUGUCGAGUAUCUCCCAUCAAGGUGGUGUGUGGCAGACCCCUCAAAAGAUUUAACAAAUGUAGCCAACCACCUGAGAAUAGCCUGCAAUGCUGCCGAUUGCACAACACUUAAUUAUGGCGGAUCUUGCAAUGAAAUUGGGGCAAAAGGAAACAUCUCAUAUGCAUUCAACAGUUACUAUCAGCUCCAGAUGCAAAAUGCACAAAGCUGUGAUUUCGAUGGGCUUGGUAUGGUGACAUUCCUAGACCCAUCAGUUGGUGAUUGCAGGUUCCCUGUUGGAGUGAAUGAUCAUAAGAGUUCAUUAGCUUUCAGAUCAUGUCAUAGGUGGACCACCAUUUGGACUUCUAUCCUAGGGGGGGUGUGGUUCUUUCUAAUGUUAUGAGAAGUUUCUUUGCAUGAGUUUUUCUCAUCCCCCUGUUCAAGAACUAUAAGCAGUAUUGCACAUAGACAAGAGAAUACAGUUAUUUAGAUAUGUCCAAAAUGUGAUAGCAUAUCGAGUAGGAAACACAGUAGACUCAUGUACUGGAUAUUUAUCCAAUCUUGAAAUUAUAUUGACCUUAUUUUUCUA